UCUCUCUCUCUGUGCCACUGAGAAAAUAACCCCUAACGCCUUCUCUGUUUUUGUUUUUCUCUUUCCGUUUCGCUUAUUUCUUCGCAGCUAAGCGGAAAGUGGAAAAUAUAGUUCAAAAAAGAAAAAAUAGUGUUGUGCUUCGAAAUGGCACUGAUUUGUUAGCAAAUUGUUUCUACUCGAAGGCUACAAAUUAGCGGAAAGUCGCUCUUUUAAUUGCAGAGAAAAAUGAAGUCUCUGCUGCCGCUUAACUUCUUGGUUCCUGCUUUGUCGCUGUGCCUGCUCGCCGUCGUAGGCGCAGAUCUAGCUUCUGAUAGAGCUGCUUUGGUGGCUCUUCGUGGUGCCGUUGGUGGCCGUUCCCUUCUCUGGAACCUCUCUCAGACGAGUCCUUGCUCAUGGACGGGUGUGUUCUGUGAAAAUUCUGCAAGGAACAGGAUCACUACGUUGCGGCUUCCUGGUAUGGGUCUUUCUGGGAGACUUCCACUGGGAAUUGGGAACCUCACUGAGCUCCAGACUCUGUCUCUUCGCUACAACGCGCUCUCUGGGCCGAUUCCGAGCGACUUUGCUAAUCUUGUUAACCUUCGAAACCUUUAUUUGCAGGGGAAUUUCUUCUCUGGAGAAAUCCCUGAUUUCCUUUAUGGUAUGCAGAACUUGGUUCGUUUGAAUUUAGCUAAAAACAAUUUCAGUGGAGGGAUCUCGCCGAAAUUUAAUAACCUCACAAGGUUGGAUACCCUCCUUUUGGACAACAACCAGCUCACUGGGUCCAUUCCUGACUUGACUGCUCCUCUUGAUCAGUUUAAUGUUUCGUCGAAUCGGCUCAACGGCUCCAUUCCCACAAAGUUUUCUGAUCGAGACGCGAGUGCAUUUUCGGGGAAUUUGUUUCUUUGCGGGAAACCCUUACAAGAAUGCGCUGGAACGGAGGGUGGGACGACGAAGAAGAAGAAGAAGUUAUCAGGUGGAGCAAUUGCAGGAAUUGUAAUUGGUUCAGUGGUCGGACUUCUGUUGAUUUUACUUCUUCUGUUCUUCUUGUGCGGAAAAAGGAAAAGUAAAGACAAGGAUUCGAGGGAUAUAACACCGGGUAAGAACGUCGAGGUUGAAAUUCCUCAAGAAAAGACAACUAGAGAUAUUGAGAAUUCUGGAGCAAGUUUUUCAGCAACAGCCAGAGGUGGUGAUGCUAAGACCGGUAGGAGUAAGAGAUUGGUCUUUUUUGGUAAUGUCAGCAGAGUGUUUGAUCUUGAGGAUUUGUUAAGGGCAUCAGCUGAAGUACUGGGGAAAGGCACCUUUGGAACCACAUAUAAGGCUACUUUGGAAAUGGGGGUGGUGGUGGCAGUGAAGAGGUUGAAGGAUGUAACUGCAGCCGAAAACGAAUUCAGAGAGAAAAUUGAGCAAGUAGGAAAGAUGGUUCAUGAUAACUUAGUCCCGCUCAGAGCUUACUAUUAUAGCAACGAAGAAAAGCUUCUUGCCUAUGAUUACAUGCCCAUGGGAAGCCUAUCUGCUCUUUUGCACGCAAAUAACGGAGCUGGCAGAACUCCACUAAACUGGGAAACAAGGUCUCGCAUUGCCCUUGGUGCUGCCCGUGGAAUUGCUUACCUCCACUCACAUGGCCCAUCUGUCCAUGGAAAUAUCAAGUCAUCAAAUAUCCUUCUCACCAAAUCUUUUGAAGCUCGUGUUUCUGACUUUGGCCUUGCUCAUCUCGCACUCCCAACUUCAACCCCGAACCGAGUUUCUGGUUACCGAGCCCCGGAGGUAACAGAUGCUCGCAAAGUAUCCCAAAAGGCCGAUGUCUACAGCUUUGGCAUAAUGCUCUUGGAACUGCUUACUGGGAAAGCUCCAACACAUUCCUCGUUGAAUGAAGAAGGGGUGGACCUCCCAAGAUGGGUUCAAUCUAUUGUUCAAGAGGAGUGGAACACUGAGGUAUUUGACAUGGAGCUUCUCAGAUACCAGAAUGUUGAGGAGGAGAUGGUCAAGCUUUUGCAGCUUGCACUCGAAUGUACUGAACAGUAUCCUGACAAUCGACCCUCAAUGGAUGUGGUGGCGAGCAGAAUUGAGGAGAUUUGUCGUGCUAGUUUAGAGAAAGAGGAAGAGAAGAUUCAAUCAAUAACAGACCCCGAUUGUGGAUAUUCCCCACCGUGAUACCUAAUUGAAGUGAGACCUCCAUUAUUAUUUCAUCAUGGCCCUGGUUUUUGGGAUGCAUAAUAUAGUUCUCGUUUAUUAAUUCAUUUAGAUAUUACAGAAACCAGCUGUUUACAAUCCCUUUGUUUCCCCUUAGUCCUUUCGUUCAUCAGAGUCUCUUACUUGGGGGCUCUCUAUCUAUUGUUCUAGGAAUUUGUGUGAAAUGUGAAUAAUUUGCUUGGACUCA